UCCAGCUAUUCUCUGCUAUGCUCAAGAAAAUUGCAGAGCGAAGUGGAAGGAUUUGGAAUCCUUUUGAACUUUCCGUCAAGCUAUUUGAGUGAGCACUGAUCGGUGUACGGAUCUCCACCGUUUGAUCUUGUUCCCCUGCUUGUUAGGCUGAAGCCAAAGUUGAUUGUUAUUCGUUCUUUGUCUUAAUCCACGUGAUGAUUUGUAUUUUGCUUCACAUGCCGGUACAUCAAUGAAGGUUGUGCAUAUGGCAUGAUCACACUCGGUUUCAGCCGUCACUUUUGGGUUUCGGAGAGUUUUGGGACUGUUCUUGUGGGUGGGGGGUUUUUUUUUUAAAGAUUUUUUUUUUUUUGCCCCUUGGUUUUGUUUUCCAUUUCGCGUUGGAUUGAAGUGAUGCUCGACUUCAGGGAAAGUUCCUCUGUGGUGGGAUUACGGUUAAGUUUAUGGAGGUAGGCAAUAUUGGGUGGGUGGGCAAUAUGGAAGAGAAUACUGUGCUCGAGGAAGGGGAGGCAUGCUAUAAUAAGGAUCGUGACGACAACAUUGACCCUGAUUCUCUUUCUUACAUUGAUGAGAGGAUUCAGCAUGUUCUUGGCCAUUUUCAAAAGGAUUUUGAAGGUGGUGUUUCUGCUGAGAAGCUGGGUGCAAAAUUUGGUGGCUAUGGUUCUUUCUUGCCUGCCUAUGAAUGCUCUCCUUUUCGCUCUCAUCCAAAGGCUUCUCAAAGGAACUACAUGUCACCAAAAUCUCCUUCCCAUCACCAUGAGAAGGCUGCAUCCAACAAUUCAACAGCUCCUUCACACGUGCCUCCUUCUACAAGGCGAGGAUCUGCUCCCUGUAGCACUAAUUCAUUACAAAAUGCAAGAACAUUUUCAGUUGAUGAUUCAACAAAUAAAGGUGUAGGAAUUUCUUCCAAUAUAGGCGCUGAAAGGUGCUCUUUGAAUGACGAUAGUACUCAUAAGUCAGGAAAAUCAACUGAACAAAGAACUCUGAAAUUUCGAAUUAAAAUGAAAUAUGAUAACUUAGCUCAAAAGAAUGCGGCGAUUUAUAGUGGGCUUGGGCUUGAUAUCUCCCCAUCUUCAUCAAUGGAGAACAGCCCUGUAGAAACUGCGGGCAUGCCACCUGUGUCUCAACAGAUUGGCGAAGAAUCUCCAGCUGGCAUUAUUCAGGCUAUGACUUCCUUCCCCAUCCCAGGGGGUGUGCUAAUGUCACCUCUACAAGACAGUAUGCUUUACUUGACAAGAAGGGAAAAAAUUCUUGGAGACAGCAAAUCUUUGUCUGCUCUUAAUGGGCAAGAACAUUGUUCCUUGUCUACUGACGAGUCAGAUUCUAUAAUAAGAGAGGAAGAUGUGUUGAAAAAGAGAAAAGUGAGAAUAUUGCAUCCAAAGAAAAGAUUAGGAAAAACUCCAGAGCGUAAGGAUUUUCUCUUUAAUGACUUGAAAAGCACCCUUUGUUUAGUUCAUUUUGUGAUGAUGGUGAAAAUGGAGAUAAUUGGUAGGGCUUCUGAAGUCUCCAAGAAGGUCAAUAAGCAUGGGGCAAAUAGCAGAAUGGUGUCCACUGAAGCAGUGAAGGAGGAGGUGUUGGAGUCAAUGUCUGGCCAGGAUUUUGAGAAGAGUAGUAAGAAACAUAUGGGAAACAGUUCCAUGCGGAGGGUUAUAGAGCAUAAUUUGGCAAAUUCACUCAAAAAUAACUGUGUUGGGCCUAACAAUAAUGCCCACUAUAAAGGCCCUAUCAAUUCUCAGAAGGCUGACGUUGAUGUAAUAAAUUGUUUCAUUGAAGAUUCUCAAAAAGUUGAGACUAAUAGGAAAGGAAAGCCAUUAUCUGAUGGCAAGCACAAGUCUAAAGGGGAUCAGAGUCCUAGUAAAACUGGCGGUAUUUCAAAAACAGACAGUUUCAAGGCUGGCAGUAAUGCAAUGGCAAACAAUAAAAAGAGCUCCAGCUUUGGUGAUGACUCUAAAAGUAAAAUGGCUAAAACAAAGUCAUCAAUGGAUAACAAUGCUGGAGGCAAUAGUUCACAUUCAUUGAAAGGUGACAAACCAGAAUGCAUAGUUGAUGGAACAGAUCCAGUAGAUGGGAGUACAUAUGAUGAUUUUACAAAUGGGAGUGCAUUUGAAGUUAAAAUGAAGGAAAGGCAAAGCAGUGAUAAAAUGGACAAGUUGAUGUGUGAUCCAGGCAUAAAAGAUGCUUUAAAUGCAUGUCCUGUUGCUGGAAAUAAAUCUGCUCUUGAAAUGGUUCAAAUGGCAGCAGCAUCUCAACUUAUUGAAGAUAAUUGGGUUUGUUGUGAUCAUUGCCAGAAAUGGCGGCUCCUACCUGUUGGAAUAAAGCCGGAGCAGCUUCCAGAGAAAUGGCUGUGUAGUAUGCUAAACUGGCUGCCACCUGGAAUGAACCGGUGUGACAUCAGUGAGGAGAUGACAACUAAAGCACUUUAUGCCUCGUGUCAAAUGUCCAAUUCUGAAGGACUGAAUAACAUCCAAAGCAAUGCCUUUGGAGCUGCAAUUGGAGUAAGGUCUGCUGAUGCUCCACAAUUGGGCCACAGUCACCAGAAUUCCAGGUCCGAUGCAUUGUCUGAUCAAAGGAAAAAGAAACUUGGUUCCAAGGAAAAGAAAAAGGCAGAAAUUUGUAUUGACAGUCUUCUGUCCUCUGAUUCCACUCAGAACCAUGCUGAAGAAUCUGGAAAAAUUCUACGCCACCAGCAUCCUGCAGAGGGAAACCUAAUGAGGAAACCUGUCUCUCAACAUGGCAAGUUGAAUAACUUGAUGGAAGUGAAACACAUGCCAAAAGAGAAGAGAAAAAAUGAAUGGAGGUACUGCAUUAUUUUCAAAGUUAAGUUAAAACGUAAAAUGGAAGCUGAUAGAAAUCAACCUAGAACUCCUAAGAAGCUGAAGACUGGAGAUAUUUACAUUGCUAAUAGACAGCUGAGUCUUAGCGUGGACCUGGAGAAUGCGGUUCGAAAUUCAAGAAAUGGUUUUCCUGUGAAGGCUAAUGGGGAGGAUGUGCAAAAACAUGAUGACAAUGGGGAUUCAAAAACAGUUGAGACCAUUGCUUAUAUGUUGCAUGUACAACAUGGGUGUGUAAAGAAACAAGGAACAGCUCAGCUGCAUUUCUUGGAAAAACUGGUAAAAGUGAAGGAAGAGGAAAACCUAAUACAGGAUUUGGAGGAUGGAAAUAAAGCUAAUACUGUUUGUACAGAAUCACGAAAUGGCAAAUUGAAAGUUUUAUCGCCUUCGGUGGGUGAAGAAAAGAGGGAAACACUAUCUGGCUCCAUAAUUGCAUGUGAGUCUAAAAGGGGAGAUACCUGUAUUGAGCACCAAAUCCAUGCAUCCAGCAAUGGUGAUGUGGGCACGUUAAUGAAAAUUUCUGCUGAUGCCAGAAGCAAGGGUGGGGUUAAUUGUGGUUCAGGAAUCUCUGGAUCUGAUUGGCAACUCCCCGUGACAACUCCUAACUCUGGGUUUGAAUUUGAAAGUAAUGAGACUUUCUUUGAAGCUGCCUUGAAGUUUCUUCAUGGAGCGUCACUUUUAGAAAAUUUUCUCAAGGAGAGUAGCAAGCAUGGGAAUAUAAGUCAAAUGCAAGCCUAUAUGACUGCAGCUAAACUUUUCACAUCCUGUGCCAAUGAAUAUGAAAGACGCCACGAAACAGCUGCAGCUGCUUUGGCAUAUAAAUGCAUGGAGGUUGCAUAUAUGAGAGUGGUUUAUAGUAAACAUUCUAGUAUAAACAGGGAUCGGGAUGAAUUGCAAUCAACUCUACAAAUGGUUCCUCAAGGUGAAUCUCCUUCAUCUUCUGCGUCAGAUGUUGAUAACUUAAAUAAUCAGGCACCAGUGGAUAGGUUCACUUUGCUCAGGGGUACUGGCACUCAUGUUGCUGGUAACCAAGUUAUAUCUGCUCAACACCGCUCAAAUUUUGCCCGUCUUCUUGACUUUACUCAGGAUGUAAAUUAUGCAAUGGAGGCUUCUAGAAAAUGCCAAUGCGCUUUUGCAGCUGCUAACAUGAUCAUGGAAGAGGCAAGGAAUGGGGACUGUAUAACUUCUAUGAGGAAGGUUAUUGAUUUGAGCUUCCAGGAUGUAGAUGAGCUUGUAGGUCUGGUAUGGACUGCAACAAAAGCCAUAAGCCGUGCUCAUCUCAGUGGUGCUAGAGAUUAACUUGAUACUGUAUAUAAUGUUAGUUUUGGUUUUGCUUCUUUACCAAUAUGGCAUCAGGAAAGGAAGGGGAAAAAGGACAUCUUCAUAGGUUGGUACUUUGAAACCUGCAAAGAGGCAGGUCACUCUUCUGUACAUGUGUACAAAAUGAGAUUGAUUAGCAAAUUUUGUAAUUUAUUAUGAAUUUUCUCAGGUUCUUGUUGACGUGGGAAUGGGCACAAUGCUCUCACCCUCAAUUUUUUAUGGGUUAACAUUGGGGAUGGGGUUCCUGCUGUCUAAGGGACACAGGAUGGACAUUUUGUUGGAGUUCUGUGCUAUAUUCUUUGCUCCGCUGAGUUGGAGCCCUGGGAAAAUAGAGUCUGAAAAUGUUAGGCAACAAUUUUUGAGGGCAUUGAAUACUCGUAUAGUUAUAAUUGGUCUGUUUUCUUUUUAAAGAAAUAGACUCUUCUAUUAUCUUAUGGAAUUUUUGAAUAGAAGGAACUUGUUGCAGAAAGUUUCCUUUCGUGUAUGGGUGUGGGGUGAACCUUUACUUUUCCAUGCCAGCUAUUGGCUUUGAAGAAAGUACACGCAUACAGGUAUCUUUUUCCUCUUCAUGGCUUCACUUUAUCUUGGUUUCAUGUCUUUGCUUCAUGAUUUAAGUCCCUGUAUCUUUGUGGGUCAUACUGUUGAUGAUUGAAGCCUAGUUAACCGUUUAAAUGGAGAGCAGCAGUCAGCAAUCCAAGGUGUAUUAGUGCUGGGCACCUUGUGAAGAAUAUUGGCUGCUAAAAAGCGUGGUUUGAUAUAAUUUUAUUUUGAUCCACUUAUGUAUUUUCUGUGAUCUUUUCAUCUGAACUCAUUAACAUAGUUAUUGGCAUGAAUUGCAGUAGUUAUCUUUUCGUCUUAUGCCACAAAUUGCGUUAUUAAAGCUUCGAUGAGGAGUUAUACUCUCUAUAUUGAAUGGGUAAAUUAAUCAAUUUUGUAAUUUUUUUGUUGUAAUUACACACAUCAAUGUCCUGCUUUUCUUAAUUAACCAAGCUUCUGCAGUCUUGAUUAUGCGGUUAUCUCAGGUUUCAGCAUAUUGUUUCUGUUGAUUGGUUGAGUUGGUUUCAUUGUCAUACACGGCCAUGCUUCUAGAAGAAUCUUCAUCCAUUUAUUGUUUUUUUGUUUUUAAAGUACUUUUACUAUCCUGUUUUCUUUUCCUUUGUUGUCAAAUUAGUUAGCAUAAGAAUAAUUUUAAUUUUUCUUGAUUUGCUCUGCUGGGAUUUGAUUGGACAAGGUGUGGCUAGACAGCAUUGAACUCUGGUUUCCAUAGUUAGAAUAUUUUGCAGUAAUUUUUUAUUUACGGGAAAUUACAUUAAAGGAUCCAAAUUGGAUAAAAAUCAAAUUGAAUUAUCUCAAUAAUUACUCCCAAUGAUCAAUAGCUACUAUUAAGAUUUUAGUAGGGAUUUAAGGUUUAAAGGCUACUAUCAAAAUUUAGGAAGGAAAGUUACUGUAAUUUUGACAAGUUCUUUUAGGAAAGUUAACAAUAUUUCUAAAAAACUUUAGUUGAUAAUAGAGCACAAUGAUGUUGUGCAAUCUAUAUAGUUAAUUCCACUUAGUGGGAUAAUGUUUAUUGUUGUUGUACUAUAACUUUGACAGCAUGAGCAUCUUUUUUAAAAUCUGAUGGUUACUGUUGAGAAUCUUUCAGGCCAUUUUUGGUACAAAUGAAAGGAACGAGUUACGCAGGAAGGGAGCUAAGAGAACGAUGCUUCGUGCAGCAGAUCUAGGCUUCUUAGAGAUCCAUGCUCCCUUCAAGGAAAAGUUGCUAAGGGAGUGACGCCAGUGGGGAUUGUGUUCAACACCGCCAGUUUAUCCCAGAUAAAGCCCGUGCUCAACCAUUGCUGGCUUCUCUCCAGAUUUGUCGAAUUCAGACGAAGCCCCUUGACGCUGCUGUUUCUGAACUCAAUCUCUGUGAUGUUCGAGGUUUGAAGUCAUGAAGCUUGUGGCCUUAAUGCCUUUAUCCUUCUCCAGAUCCUUCCAAUGAUUUUGUUUUAGUGAUAUUUUUGUGUGUAAUUUUUAGGGAUAAACAUGUCACUAUAUUAUUUUUCCUUUCCAGUUUUUCAUGCCUCCAUGCUGAGCGAUGUAACUCUUUCCUUUUCAUUCCUAUGAAACACAUUUUCGACAUGUAAAAAAGGCUUUCCUCGAAA